AGGAAGAGCACAUGCAGCAAGCCGCAGGCAUUAUUGGUGUCUUCCUCUUCCCCACCCUGCCGUUCCGCAAGGAACAUUUGCGCUACUUGCCUUUGCCCCUGCCCCUGUGAAAUGCGCGCGCGCAUGUAUUAGCAUGCAACCUGCAAUGGACGCGGAGGUGGUAGGGGUAGCUGUGAAGCAAGAGCCAGAGGAGAUCGUGGCCGAAGCAGACGGUGACGAGGAGGGGGAACCGGAGAAGGUGGUGGUCAAGAGGAGGAGGAAGAAGAAGACGGCCUGCGAUCCGCACAAGAAGCGUGCAUGCGUGGAUUGCACCAAGAGGUGUGCCCGGAUCCAUGGCCGGCCUGCUUCGCCGUCCGCAUUGCCGUCUUCCAGCAAUGCACGGCCGGUCCCUGCAGUGCCGUCCUUCUUCAAGGUCAUGAUGGGCUACUUCUCCGAGGGCAUGGAUAUACCAUCCCCAUUUGCCAGGACAAUCUGGGACCUGGCAGGCUCCAACAUCUUUCUCGAGGACGCAUUUGGGCUCCGGUGGCGCGUGCGGCUCUGCUUGCGCGACGGCGUACUGUCAUUUGGGCAUGGAUGGAAGAACUUUGUGUUGGACCACGCCGUCAGCUGUGGCGAGUUCCUGGUGUUCAGGCAGAUUGCCAGGUCAGUCUUCACCGUGCAGAUGUUUGCCCCAUCGGCUGUUGAGAGGCUCUAUCACUGCGAGAAGAACAAAAGGCAGAGCCGGAAGAGGAAGCCCAGGCAGAAAACAUGCUCUCCCAGUAUCCAGACUGUCAAGGUAACCAAGAACAGUGUGAAAAACAGUAAGAAGAGGCUACGUACUGAUGAUCAACAAAAUGGUAUACGCCCAAGAUGCCGUAAGAGCAAGAUGGCAGCUGAGGUCUGCAUCGACGAGUCUGACGUUCCAGAUUCUGCAUCUGAACCGAAAUGUUCAGACACAUCAGAGAGAGUACCGGAGGCUGGAGCCGCAGAACCACAAGAAAUUUCUGAGGCCCCUGCGGGACAUGAGUGUGAAGUUCAGGGGGUGUUAGAUGGAGAGGCAAAAAUAGCAGAUGACAGCACAAUACUUGGAGAAGAUCAAAGCAAUCACAAUGCUAUUUCUGCAAGUAUUAUGCAAGUCUCUACUGCUAAUGAAAUAGAGCCUGGCGAGGGCUUGAAUCUGCCGACAGAUUUUGAUGCUAGUGUACCUCUUGCUAUGAUGGAUCUUAAUGAAGUGAGUAUCGACGAUAUAUUUCUGUCGGCUGAUAUAUAUGAAUUUGAAAGCGAUAUGUGUAACCCAGAAUCAUUUUCUGUUGAUCUGAAUAUGGUAGAGCCAAUUACUACUGGCCAAACCUCAGGAUUCAGUUGCCUUGAGGAUACCCCGCAGAAUCACCUUUCUUCUAUGGGAGAUGGUCAUCGUUCUUUGAUCCCAGAAGCAGUACUAUGUAUCGAAAAUAAAGAGAUGACUGAUGUACUUGGAACAGGAACAUCAUAUUUUGUUGACUCCUCAGUGCAUGAUAUAGACAUCAACGCGUUGCCUGCUAAUGAGCCACCAUCAUUUGGAGAGGAUAACCCUUCUCCUCAAGCUGAUGCUGAAAUGCAUUCUAAUGAAUGUGGAUUAAGCAGCUGUAAUAAGGAUAAAGGCAAUAGUUUGCUCCCUCUCAUGAACAAGCAAACUGCACAUAAAGAAUCAGAUUCUUCCAUGACCACGGAGCAGGAUAAAGCACAAGGUGGCCAAUGUAACAUGCAAGAUAGUAUAAGACAGCAUGCUACUGAAAUCAUGUCGAGAAGUGCAAAGCCUCAUGAACUUGCUGAUCUCAGGCAGAAUCAUCUGCAAACAGGAAAUGGCUCUGAAUCCAUCCACAGUGGAGCCUCUGAAUCUGGCGGCGUUCUUGCACUCACAACAAACAGCAUCGAGUUUUGCAUCGAUGUGCCUGCACCAGGGCAAACAUGGCUUGUGAGUAAUCCUGACUAUUCUAUUUCCUUGACUGCUCUGAGCUCACCGUUCUGCACCAUAGUUCUGAAAGAUCUUUUACAGGAGCUUCCCGGUCGACUGCCGGUUCUUCCAAGAACGAAGAAACAUGGGAGGAAGGUUGUAAUACUCAAGGACCCAUGCAUGAGACUCUGGCCUGUGCUCUACCAAUGCACUCCUAGGUUCAAUGGCUUCAUCACUGGGUGGGUUGACAUCUGCAGGGAGAACCGACUCCAGCAAGGUGACACCUGCGAGUUUGAACUCAGCGGUAACUCUGAACUCUCAUUCCAACUCCAAGUGCGCGUGCCCAAUACGCAGUAGCCAUUGCUAGCCAGAAUGUUGAUGUUUUCUAUCGUAUCUUAAGCUUGUUCAUGUUAUCUGUGUCCCAUCUGUUUAUUAAUCUCCAAAGAAGAAACUAUGUAGACUUCUGUCAA